AUGGACGACUACGAAGAGGUCACAGAUGAGUUCCAAGGCAUGAAAAUCUGGUGGAGUUCGAGCAUAACAAUCUCGCAACAACGGUCUCACUAUAGUAACGAUGAUGGCGAAAAGCGAUCCUACAAGCUCACUUGCCAUCGUAAACACAAAGAGAUCAUCACCAAAGUCUACCUGCACCAUGUGCUUGAUGAAGGAAAGGCCAUUGUCAUGAAAAGCAGGCAACGAAAGCUCUAUACCAAUGGCAACAUGACCUCGUGGAAUCACAUCAUAUUCGAGCACCCUUCUACGUUUGAUACUCUUGCAAUGCACCCGGAAAAGAAGAAGGAUAUUUUGAAUGAUCUGAUGACAUUCAUCAAGUCGAAAGACUACUACAAGAAGGUGGGAAAGUCAUGGAAGCGAGGAUAUCUUCUUUAUGGUCCUCCUGGAACUGGGAAGUCUAGCAUGAUUGCUGCCAUGGCUAACCUUCUUGAUUACGAUAUCUAUGAUCUUGAAUUAACCUCCGUGAGUAAUAACACGGAUUUGAAGAAGCUACUCAUCGGCACAACAAGUAAGUCGAUAAUUGUGAUAGAGGAUAUCGACUGUUCACUUGAUCUCACUGGUCCAAGAAAGAAGAAGGAGAAGAAGGAUAAGGAGAAGGAAAAGGAGAAGAAUCCGGAUCAGAAAAAGGAAAAGGAUAAGAAGAUAAAGGGUAGUGAAGUAACUUUGUCAGGGUUGUUGAACUUCAUUGAUGGGCUAUGGUCGGCUUGUGGUAGUGAAAGACUGAUCGUGUUCACUACGAAUCACCUUGAAAAGCUUGACCCUGCUCUUAUUAGGAGAGGAAGAAUGGAUAAGCAUAUCGAGCUUUCCUAUUGUUGUUUCGAAACGUUUAAGGUGUUGGCCAAAAACUAUUUGGAUCUUGAAUCACACGACUUGUUUUCACCCAUCAGUCGACUACUGGAGGAGACAAACAUGAGUCCAGCUGAUGUUGCCGAAAAUUUGAUGCCAAAAUCAUCUCAAGAGAAUGCCGAGAGUUGUUUAAACCACCUGAUCAAAGUUCUGAAUAAGUCAAAAGAAGAAGCAAGGCUGAAAGCUAUGGAAGAUUCUAGGGUUAAAGCUUCCCAAUCAGAAUCAAGUAUUGUAGAAUCAAGCGAUGAAGAAUCAAGUGACGGAGAGGGUUGA